AUGGGGUUCUGGAAGAGGCUCACAGAGUUCCUUUUUAUUACUCCAGUUGACUCAGUAGUCGACGUCUUUGAUCCGGCUACUAUUGUCGAUGGCUCAUGCAAUACGCCUAAAGACAGAGCUUGUUGGACUCCAAACCUUGACAUCCACACCGACUAUGAAGAGGUUAUUCCAGAAGGUGUGACUCGAAAGUUCCAUCUUGUGGUUGGCGAACAUCGAAUCGCCCCUGAUGGUUAUGAGGUCGACCGCUUGCUGUUCAACGGGUCGUAUCCUGGACCAACCUUGGAAGGGAAUUGGGGUGAUACUUUUGAAAUCACCGUCUAUAAUAACCUCACAAACUUCAACGGGACAUCGAUCCACUGGCAUGGUAUCCGACAAUUGAACACUAACUGGAUGGACGGUGUGUCAGGUGUAACAGAAUGUCCCAUCCCGCCGGGUGAGACCAUGACCUAUCGUUGGAAGGCCACUCAGUAUGGUACAUCUUGGUAUCACAGCCAUUUUAGUCUCCAGUAUGCCGAUGGACUGUUGGGAGCCAUCAAGAUCAACGGACCAACUAGCAUGAACUAUGAUGUUGAUCUCGGCCCCGUACUCAUCACUGAUCAUUUCCACAAAACAGCAUUUUCCCAGGUCAUGCUGGAGUACUUGGGACGUCCACCAGCACCAGACAGUAUCUUGAUGAAUGGCAAGGGAACAUACUACUGCUGUCCAACAAUAGGCAACCCGAAUUGCGACAAAAACUGCGUAGGUCUCCCGAAACUAACAGACUUUGUCUUUGAGAAAGGCAAGAAAUACAAAAUGAGUCUCGUCAACACCGGCGUCUCAACGCACAUGACCUUUUGGAUUGACAAGCAUAACUUUUCCGUUGUCGCUACCGACUUUGUCCCCAUCACACCUUACAAUACUUCUAUUCUCAAUAUCGCUAUCGGUCAGCGUUACGAUAUCAUUAUUGAGGCCAAUGCCACGCUUCAUGACUCAGCAAACUCCAAGAGAACUAACUUUUGGAUGCAUGCGAGAGACUGCAACAAUGGAGGUGCUCGCUCGAACCUGGGUAUUAUUCGCUACGAUGAGGAUAACCAAAAGUUGCCUUGGACUCCACCUCCGGAUGAGAAGCAUCUCUGCUACGGAUGUCUUGAUGAAUUGAGCGCCAAACUUAAACCUAUCGUCAAGAGAAAUAUCUCCAUCGCCACGAAUGUCAACUACCAGGACGAGUCUUUCAAAGUCCAUCUAGUAGGAUAUCCUGAUGAAACUGCCGAAAGCUCUCAGCUUCAUAAAUGGGUUCUUAAGGAUUCAUCCUUCUAUCUUGAUUGGGCUGAACCCAGUUUGAGUCUUGUCAAGGUUGCAUACGAAAAGGACUGGAAACAUCCCAAGUGGCCCAAAGGCUACGAACCAGUCAAUCUGGAGUAUACAAAUGGUAGCUGGGUGUACUUCUUGAUUGAAGGCAAGUUCAAGGAGUCUUUGCACAAUAUGCCUGGGCAUCCAAAGAUCUACAAGACACAAGCUCCUGUGGCUCAUCCGAUGCAUAUCCAUGGCCAUGAUUUUGUUGUUCUUGCUACGGGUACGACAGAGUUUGAUCCACAUAACUUCACUCUACAAACAGACAAUCCGCCUCGCCGCGAUGUGGCACUGCUUCCUGUCAAUGGGUACCUCAUUGUUGCAUUCCAGAUGAACAAUCCUGGUGUUUGGCUCAUGCACUGCCACAUCGCUUGGCAUGCUAGUGGUGGAUUGGCGCUUCAGUUUGUCGAGUCACCAAGAGAGAUCGGGCCGCAGUUCCAAAAGUCUGGUAUUGUACCGCACUAUUCUGAGCAGUGCAAUAACUGGGCUGCAUACUACACUAUGUUUAAUAAGAACGAGAACGCGACGCAAGAGGAUUCGGGUAUCUAA